UUCAAACCAUCUGUGACAAUAAACAAUCCAAAGACCAGUUCAACUAACAAUCUAACUGCAAGUUUCAAACCAACUGAGACAACUAACAAUCCAACUACAAGUUUCAAACCAUCUGUGACAACUAACAAUCUCACUACCAUUCUCCAAACAACUGAGAUUACUUAUAGUCUAAUUACAGAUGAUCUAAUAGACAAGGAUGGGUUUAUUAAUCCCUCAAAAGCAUCAGACACUUUGGACAAUCUGGAGUCUAUAAUGGAGCAGAUGGAAAAAAACAAUACAAGCAACGCACAGAUUGUCAUGGGGGAUAUUAUUGGUCUUCUUCACAUACAAGCCAAUAACACAGAAACCAGAGACAUGUGUUACUCUUCAGAUCCAAAAAGGAUAGAUGUUGUUGACUGUCAAAGUGACCAGAAGACAGACAUUCCCUGGUCUGUAAAGAUUCCCAGUGAGGCCUUUAAUAAAUCACGACUGGGAAAACAAUGGAUGUGCGUUACUGGGAGUUCUACGGUUAAAAAACAUGGGAAAGGAAGUAACUAAAAAUUACACUGUUUUGAAUAAUGAGGUUUAUGGAAUAACGAUGAGGGCCAACAUCUCCAACCUUACAGACAAUAUAGAAAUGUUCUUUACACAGAAAGAUCUGGUCGGUGUGGCGUCCUGCAGUUCUUGGGAUGGAAAAGGAAAUCUUACAUGGACGACGUCUGGCUGUGAGACAGUAAAAAUCAACAACACCAUAAAGUGCUCGUGUUCACAUCUGACGUUCUUUGCAGUGCUGAUGUCUCCUCCAGAUGUAAAUGCAAACAUCACAGCACCGUAUGUGGAUUCAUUGAGCUUCAUCACUUCUAUCGGCUGCGGCAUCUCCAUGUUUUUUCUGUCCGCCGGUCUGUUCAUGCAUUUCCUGUUACGGAAAGCCAAAUCAAAUCAGGCCACGAAGAUCUUGAUCAACAUGUUUGUGGCUUUUUUUCUCCUGAAUUUAUCCUUUUUGUCAAACGAGAGCGUCGCCAACACAGAAGUCAAGUCUGCGUGUGUCUUCAUAGCGCUGCUCAUGCAUUACUCCAUGCUGACUACAUUCACCUGGUUCUUCAUUCAAGCUCUUCAUAUGUACUUAUGGCUCAUCAGACAGAACGUCACCAUCACAAACUACAUGAGGAAGAUCACCGUGUUCAGCUGGACAUUUUCGGCUCCUAUAGUCAUAGCUGUUGUUUCUGUAGGAGGAUAUAAAGCAGUGAUUACAAACACAACGUCUGGAAAAACCACAAGAAUGUGCUGGAUUACAGAUCCUUUAAUUCACUACAUAGUGAACAUUGGCUACUACGCUUUUGUCUUCUUCUUCACGACAGGGGUCUUCAUCAUGAUCGUCACUAAGAUUGUCCAAGCCCGACAUAUAAGAGCGCCGGAUGGCAAGAGAAAGACGUUCAGAAAGCAGCUCAUGAUGGUGUUGAGUUUGUUCCUGCUCUUCGGCCUGACAUGGGCUGUGGCGUUCUUCAGUUAUGGAGCGAUGCUCAUUCCCUCAUAUUACAUCUUCACUGUGUUGAAUUCGUUUCAGGGGUUUUUCCUUUUCCUGUAUUACUACCAUAUUCACAAUGAUGUUGCGGGAGUUUUCUCUGAUGAUCCAGAAAGUUCCAGCUCCACCACAACCAUUGUUCAAUCCAGAAUUAAUGCUGUGGAAAAUAUUUAUAAUUAGCAUAAUUGCGUUUUAAGAUGUCGUUGUCUCAUAGUUUGAUUUUUUCUCAAGAUUCACUUAUCUGUUUUUCUUCUCUCUCUCUCUUUCUCGAGUGCAUGCUGUGAGUGAGUGGAUGGAGCGUGGAGUGUGUUGGAGUGAGCUCUACGGUGUGAUUGAGUUUUCUAUCUUUUAAUCUGUUUUUUUGUUGUUUUGUUGUUAUGUAAAGAGAAGAAAAGCUUGUGGGUGUGUCAUCGGUCAGUGUGCACUGAUCACUAUGACGGUGUCAAAGCACCCAGCGAAAAGAGUAAUAUUAUCAAAUGCCCCACUGUUUAUUAAACAUGAAGUGAUUGAAAGGGAACUGUCAAGACACGGAAAGCUUAUGCGCCCUGAGAAGAGUGCAGAUCAGAAUCACAAUGCAGACGAAGCAAUACAGGUUAAGCACAAAUGAGUGAUAAAGUAUCUUGUUUUGAUAAAGAUGGAAUUUGCGAUCGUGGAAACAAUAAAAUAUAUAUAAAUAGAUAUAAAAAAUCCGCUGGCAAUUUUACAUCCUCAGUGUCUUGACUUCAUGCUGACCGAGUUUGAUGGUGAUCGGAUUAAUCGCCUAGGAGGAGUAUAUCAAAUUCCAGAGCAUGCGUUUUUUAAACAACCCGUAAUAGUCGACUUCCUGUUGGGUUGGCGUAUAACUUAAGCCGGGCACACAUUUAACGAUUGUAA